AUGGCCGAGAUCUCAUAUUCAUCCCGACUCGAAAGAGUCCUCCGCUACCUCUUAAAAAACCAACCUCACCCAACACACACCGACUGUCAAUGCACCCACCAUCACAAUCCAGACUGGAUAUUCGACGCAGACACAUGGUCCCAACUUGAAACUCUUCGCCGACUACUAUGCCAGCGACCAACUCUCCCCAGACUUCCCGCAGAUAUCUUGGAAGACAUCGACGCAGUUAUUGCCUACCGAAAUAGCCACAACCUUCUCACAUCGACCAGAUCAAUUACACCCAGCAUUACAAUUCAAGGCCAAUCGCAAAAACCAAAUCCUAUUAGAAUAUCUUGUUGGAAAGGUGAUAUCACCACCUUGACCGAUAUCACCGCAAUCGUUAAUGCAGCAAACUCCCAACUCGAAGGGUGUUUUCGGCCUGAACAUCGCUGCAUCGAUAACGUGAUUCACUCUGCAGCGGGCCCUCGACUCCGUGAUACAUGUCACGAUAUUGUCGAGUCCCGGGGCUAUGUGGAACCUGUCGGCUCUGCCAAGGUCACGCCAGGCUUCCUCUUGCCAGCGGGAUACAUCCUGCACACCGUCGGCCCCCAACUACAUCAGAAGGUCAAACCACAGGCGCAUCAACGGGCGCAACUCGCGUCUUGCUACCAAUCUUGUCUCGAUGCAGCAGAGACUCUACCCCCGCUUGAAGAUGGCCGUAAAGUCAUUGCAUUCUGUUGUAUAUCGACCGGUCUCUUCGCGUUUCCGUCAGAUAUGGCGGCAACCAUCGCCGUGGACACUGUGUUAACCUGGUGUGCGAAGCACCCGGAUACUAGUAUCACGGAUAUAAUAUUCGAUACCUUCCUCGACAAAGACCGGGCGUUGUAUCGGGACAUUCUAUCGGAUAUCCAGGUUAACUCUUCCAAGACAAAUAUCGACCUCAACAUCUCUUACACUCACACCGAGCUAUACCAACCAUCCACCCUCCCCCAACAAAAUCCAACCCUCUCACCCUCCCUCCUCAAAGCCCGCACCUGGCUCAACCAAGCCACCACCCUCAUCAUCUCUGCCGGCGCCGGCCUCUCCGCCGCAACAGGCCUAGACUAUACCUCCACCAUGCUCUUCGCAGCCCACUUCCCCGCCUUCCUGCCCCAGGGUCUCCGCAAACUCUACGACGUCUUCGGAUACAGAGGGUGGGACAGUCCCGCCCAGAAAUGGGGGUACUACUUCACGCAUCUCGACAUGGUGCGUCGAUGGCCCGAGGCGCAGUGCGGAGUUUACCGUAUACUUCACCAGCUGACGGAACGGUUUGGCGAGCGGUGGUUCGUGCGGACGAGUAAUGCGGAUGGAUUCUUUGUGAAGAAUGGGUUUGAUGCGGCGAGGGUUGCGACGCCGCAGGGCGGGUAUGGAUAUUUGCAGUGUUUGAGGAAGUGUAGGGGUGAUGCGGUUGUGGAGGCUGGUGCGUUAGUGGAUGCUGCGAUGCCGUUUGUGGAUCCUGUUACUCAGACGCUGAGGGAUGAUGGGCUGGUGCCACGGUGUGAGUUUUGUGGUGGGGAGAUGACGCUUUGUGUUCGAGGGGGAAGGUAUUUCAAUGAAGGGCCGUUUCGGGGAAUGGAGAGGAGGUGGGAGGUGUUUUUGGACGGGUUGGAGAGGGAGAUGGAGGAGGAUCAGGUGGUGUCUUCUGGUUCGGUGGUUAUUUUGGAGGUGGGGGUUGGAUUGAACACUCCUGCUGUACUGCGAUGGCCGAAUGAGGAUCUUAUUUCUGAGUCGGAGAGUCAACAGUUUCGGCUUAUUCGGGUUGGGAUGGAGGCGUCUGGGUGUGUGCCGUGGGAAUUGGAGGAACAGGACCUGGCUGUGGGGAUUUCAGGGGAUAUCAAGGCAGCUUUGGAUGUGUUGAUAUCGUGA